AUGGACGGCUUCGACCCUUUAGCGCAAAUGUCUUAUUUGCAUAGUCCCAUGCCCUUCACAGGUGGGAAUCUACAGAACCUGGACUAUAUGAGUGUACCCCCAGGACUAGACUUGGGUGAUCAGUACUCCAAUUUCGACUCCGAUGUCUACAGUGAACCAGGAUUCGAUCUUCCUCAAUCCGGUCUGCAACAUCCCGGAAUUCUUAAACGCUACUCUUCAGGAUUCGAAGACCCGUUCGCUGAAAGUACCAUAGCCCAAUUCGACCAGGUCCCAAAUGAAGGUCUGCCCGAGAGUCCCUCGAUCGACCGCGACAGCAAAUACCUCAGUUUUCAUAUGCCCCAGUACCACUAUACCCUUCUCGACGAUUCCUUCCGGCGUUCAUCCGUCAACAUCAAUGCCCAAUUACAUGGCAUGUUCUUCCUGGCCGAAUCGCAAUGGCCUACCACUCCAGACGCACCCCCACCACCACCAGAACUCACCUGCUACCGACGGAAUCUCUUUCAAAUUACCGGGUCGGUAACCCUACCCCGAAACCUAAGAUACGUUUUCACCGAUGAUGGCUCGAGAAUACCUAUAUAUGAGCUGGAGCUAGCGGUGUCUGCCACCGAGUCGGUGGAGAACAAUGCGGUCAAAAUCAUAUCUGUACCGUGGAAGACACCAGCCAGUGGUGAAGCGAACAAAUCCGAAGACAAAGUCGAGCGAGAGCCUCCCACGAUUCCGUUGGACAAAAUGUCCGGGCAGGAACUGGACACCGACUACACCACAUUCCCCAUCCAAUGGAAAAGACUACAAUUCAGAAUAGCUACGGCUAACAAUGGUCGACGGAAAGAACUCCAACAGCAUUUCUUACUCCAUCUGAAGAUCAUGGCAUCUCUGUCCACAGGUGGCAAAAUCGCAAUAGCAGAGGCGGUGUCUGGGGCCGUUAUUGUGCGAGGAAGGAGUCCCAGGAACUUUGCUGCUCGGAAGGAUUUGCCACUAAGUAGCUCCUCGACGGCGCGAAAGCAUCUACCUUCAGUAUCUCGAGCUAAUGCGAGUCAAACCUCCGUUCCUCAAGUCACAUCUGCGCCAAAAAUCAAAUCCCCUGCGGAGGAUGUCUCGCAGAUUAACGCAGUAAGCUACGAUGCCAAUAAUGACUAUAAAGCGGCAGAUCCCUCGGAUCCUUCAGCGUGGAUGGCCCAAAUGCCGAGGGACUCAUUAGCAGCGGCAUAUUCAGCCUCAAUGAAUCCCCCUCCCAUGCCAACAUUCAUCCACGACCAAACACCAGAUCUUGGGACUCCAGGGCAGAACUUUCCCUUCACCUUCCCUCAAGAGAUGCCGACCAGUAAUGGCGGUCCGUUAAGUCUCCAUUUCGGUAGUGACGAUGAAGGUAGCCCAUAUCCCCCCAAUCAAGGGAGUAGGCACUCCUCACGUCCACCAACAUCCAAUCCAAGUCCUAGCCUGAUGAACAAAGGUCAACAACCGUCCCAAGGUGGCUCGUACACUGGGCCUAAUGUUGGCGCAGGUCAUUCACCAGGGCACAUAGCCAGCAUGGCUCAACAGCAGGGCGGUGGUCCCGGCACUCGUCCAAGACUUCACUCGCAUCAAGUUUCUGUAACGAGUGUCCCGAGCUCAGGUACUAUGAACGGGCCUCAUCCACAUCCACAUCACCAACGCCCAGACUUGGUCGCCAUGAAUUCCUCUGGUAGCAUUCCCUUCGCCAAGGUCGAAGGAGAAAAUGCCGACCAGCUAUACGAGUAUUUCCCACUGGGCCUCGACGAUUGGAUGCCUCCUGUUGACGCUGUCUUCCGUCCUCAUGUCGUUCAUCACAGUGGGCCUCUUCCGCCUGAUCCAAGAUCCCCUGGCGGAAGGCAUACAAGUAAGCGGUAUUUUUCCGAAGUUGUAUGA